AUGACAAAAAUAGAGCGUAAAUGGGUUCUUGGUAGAGAUUAUUUUAACCAACACUUAGUUAAGUCCUUUUUUCCUCUUGCUGUUCUGGGUGGUAGCUUUGAUAUAGUAAACGAAUUAAUUUGUUCUGGUGCAGAUGUUAACUGCUUUUCCGAAUUUGGGGAAACCCCUUUAUAUAUAGCAGUUAAGUCAGGUUGUUGUAAAAUAAUGCGCUUACUGAUGGAAAAUGGGGCACACGUAAACUUAAGAAGAUGGUUUACAAUGAAUAUACCAAUUUUGGCCGCUUCAAAUAAACCCGAAUUAAUCAGUUUGAUCCUGGAAUAUGACUUGAACCAGACAGAGCUUCAUAAAGCAGUCCGACGUGACGACUUAGAAAGUUUGAGAUCAAAACUUCGGUCAGAAGAUAUUGAUUGGAAAACAAAAAGCGGAUGGACAGUCCUCCAUUUCGCUGUACUGUUAAAUAAUUUACAAGCUGUAGAGGUUUUAUUCCAUGAAGAAUUGGUUCAAAACUGUUAUUCAUAUUUUGACUUGAAGCAAGUUCACAGAGUAAAAGUUAGCACCGCUGACAAUAACGGACUUACUGCUGUCCAUCUAGCAGUUAUAAACAAUAAUAUCGAUAUAUUAUCUAUUCUGCUACGUAAUAAAGCUGAGGUAAAGAUUCGUGAUGAUUUCGAUAGAACACCUUUACAUUACACAACGAGUGGAAUUGCAACAAGAAUGUUGGUAACCCAGAUCACUCGGAAACAGUGUUUAGAGAAUACUCGACUCCAAGAGAAGGGAAAAAAGUUUAAUAAAACAUCGAUGUCAGCUUUCAGGGCCACGUGUUUUAAUAUCACGCUACAUACUGCUUUGAGGAAUAUGUGUCGUGACUUUGUAAACAUGCCAGACAAAGAGGGUAAUACAGCCUUACAUUCUGUUAUAAAGAGUAACAUUUUAAAAGAGGAAAGCCAUAGCUGUAUAGACACUUUGUUUGAGAAUGGGGCUAAUCCUUUUUUAGUUAAUAACGAUGUCAUUUCAUCAUAUGGGUUAAUUCAAAGUAGUUUUGAUACAAUUUGGUAA